UAUACCUACAAACGACAAGAGUGGUAGUCCUUGAUUGGUGGAGGAGGGGGCGUGCACGCGUAAAAUUACACAUUGGCAAUUCUAAAAAAACACGAUGAAUAAAUCCCAAGUAUUGCCUACGAAAGACUCGUUCGGCUACCUUACGGAUGGCAGGGAAGUAAACAGGUACACUUUCUGUAACCUUAAUGGCGUCACAGUGAGAAUAAUUGACCUUGGCUGUGUCAUUACUGAUAUCCGGGUUCCUGACAAGGAAGGCGUGGUUCAUGAUAUCAAUCUUGGCUAUGAUUCUGUACAAGGCUACGAAAAGAAUCCGCUGAGUUUAGGCGCCAUUUGUGGCAGAGUUGUUAAUGUUAUUUCCAAUGGCAAGUUCUCUGUUGACGGCCAGGAAUAUCAUGUGACCAAAAACUUUGGAAAUCACUCCAUUCAUGGAGGAAAGAAAUCAUUUACACAUCAACUCUGGAGUUCCUCAGUGGAAGGAGACAAAGUUAUAAUGAAGUACGUGAGCCCUGAUGGAGAGGAGGGGUUUCCAGGGGAAUUAACGACCAUUGUAUCGUAUCAACUGACCAAUGAGAAUGAACUCAAGAUUGAAUACAGCGCCACCACCACCAAACCAACACCUGUCAAUCUUACAAACCACGCCUACUUUAACUUAGCAGGUCACAAUUACCCAAACCUUGACGAUCACGUGUUACAAAUCCUUGCCAACAAAUACACACCUACUAAAGAGAGUGAUAUUUACAUACCCUCUGGUGAAAUCUGCGACGUGACUGGAACAUUGUUUGACCUCCGAGAGCCAGUUAGACUGGGGGAUAGACUCAGUGAGGUGCCCCGGGGGAAGGGGUACUUUAACAAUUUCUGCGUCACAGAUGCAGAUGGAAGUAUGAGACUAAUUGCAAGGCUGGACCAUCCCCCGAGUGGCCGCCGUUUGGACGUGUACACUACGGAGCUGGGAGUUCAGUGCUAUACCGGGGGAGACACAAUCGACCACACCCAAGGAAAGGAGGGGGCGGUAUACGAAAAAUUCUGCUCCAUCUGCCUGGAGACCCAGCACUAUCCGGACAGCGUCAACCAGAAAAGUUUUCCCAACACUAUCCUUCGACCUGGGGAACAAUACACAAGCAAGACUGUGUACAGGUUUGGACUUCUGGAACAGUGAAACAGAAAACCUAGCAAAUCAACGAAUGGCGGGAUGAUAUCUUGACACUUUUGUUGUAUCAAUUGUCAUAAAGAAAUGCUAUUGCCAUCGGGUAUUCUAACAUAGUGAAUAUAUCUACUACUAAAACUGAAUGGUACCACUCCCUACAAACGAGUGUUAAUGGACACCAACUGUAGAUAUUGAUCAACCUUGUUUUAGAUUACAGGAAUCGAAUUAUUAUUUAGGGAGUAUAACUUUCAAGUUUACAACGAACUGCUGAAAUAAUUUCACAGAAAAUGCCAUUGACUAUACAUACAUGAUCAAUCAGUUUUAGGUGUUUUCGUUUAUUAUGAAGGUAUUGUCGGCAUAUUUUGACACAAUUGUUAUUUUCUUCUCAAAUAAAAUCUACAGAACUACAUACAAUGUA